AUGAGGGCUUUUGCGACCGCAGCUUGGGUGGUGUUGCUGCUCGCGGCGGCGGCGCUCGUCUCUGUCUCCUCGGCAUCCGCUUCGAUCUCGGCCUCCGUGGACCCAUCAGGUUGCAAUGCCACCCAGCUGGCCACCGCUAUUGUCAAGAACUGUGUGGAAGAGUUUGAGCCAACCAAUGCCGCUGCCUGCUGUUCCUCGGUUCUGCCCACAGUGGACAUGGCCGGCUGCCUCUGCUUGGUGGUCGAUGAGCCUCAGCUGGCGCUAUCGGGCACCACCUCCCAGGCCGUGUUCAGUCUUUACCUGAAGUGUGGAGGUAAGAGACGUUCCCAGGACAAGCCGUACGAGGCAUGCGAUGAUUUCUUUGCGACGUCUCCGCCAUCCCUGCCAGCGCCCGCCAGUCCGGCGCCUCCUGCAUCACCAAGGGACAUGUACUACCCUCCAACUCCCGUCAAUGAGGAUUCAAGUUACAAGAUCGAGUUGUCCACAGAUGUUGGCGUUUGGGUGACCGUGAUAGUCUACCUGAUUGUCAUGGGCUUCGCAGUUUACGAGCGUCUGACUCGUGGAGGAAAUGACAACGAGGGUGGGCAAGAGGUGAACAAUGACCAGGAUCCAGAGGGGCAAGGAAACCCUCGGCCGGACGGAGCUGCUUGA